CUAAGCUCUGUCAGGCUCUCAGCGUCACCGUCUCCUCUGAGGCUUUUUCUGAGAAAAAAGAAAGACCGUUGCUUCCACUCUCUCUCUUUCAACUGGCGAAGAUCCAGCGAUAGGGUUCACGCUUCUUGUGCUCUUCACAUUCGUCUUCUCCUCUUCAUUCGCUUCUCGCUUUCACAAUCUGCAACGCGUAUUCGCCAGAGGAAAGGCCAGAAUCCUCUGAAACGGAGCUUCGGCGACAUGGUCUCUGAACCGCUUGAUCAUGUCGCUGAUCAGGAUCAACAAUCAUCCCCGAUUUCCAAUGACUUCAACCCCAGCGGGUAUGAGGCAAAUGUUUAUGAGGUUGCGAAGAGGAGGAACACCAUAGCAGUGGUGGAGACAGGUUCUGGGAAGGAUAUGGUAGCUGCGAUGCUCAUCAGUGACAUUGGUCAAGCUAUCAAGUCAAGCUCAAGUGGUGCCAAAAAAUUGAUUGUAUUUUUGGCUCCAACUGUUCAUUUAGUUCAUCAGCAAUUUGAGGUCGUUAAAGUAAACACAAACUUUAAAGUGGAAGAGUAUUACGGAGCUAAGGGGGUUGAUUCAUGGACUAUGGAGUGCUGGGAAAAGGAAACAAAUGAGCAUGAUGUGCUAGUAAUGACACCCCAGAUUCUUUUGGAUGCCUUGAAAAAGGCAUUCUUGAGCUUGGAAGCGGUAUGCUUGAUGAUUAUUGAUGAGUGCCAUCUAGCUACUGGAAAGCAUCCAUAUGCAAAGAUAAUGAAGGAAUUUUAUUACAAGUCUACCGACAAGCCAAAGAUUUUUGGGAUGACGGCAUCACCUGUUAUCAGAAAAGGUGUCUCAUCUUCAUCAGAUUGUGUGGGCCAGAUAUCAGAACUUGAAAGCACUUUAGAUUCCCAGCUUUAUACUAUGGAGGACAGAAAAGAGAAGGAACUGUAUGUCCCAUCUGCAAAAGAAACUUGUAUAUUUUAUGACCAAGCAUGGUUUCCGAGUUCGGAUUUAAAAGCAAAGAUGGAAGCCUCGUGGGCCAAGAUUGAUGCUUCAUUGUCAAAGUUGCAAGAAUCAGUAGAAAGUAAUUUCAAAGACAUGGAUGAUACAAUGAAGACACUGCGGAAACGAUUGUCUGAUGACUACGCAAAUAUCUUGUAUUGCCUUGACAACCUUGGUCUCAUAUGUACUUAUGAGGCUGUCAAGGUCUGUCUAGAUAAUGCUCCUUGCAAAGAGGAGUAUGAACUUUAUAGAGAAAGCUCUUCUCAGUGCAGAUAUUUUCUUGAGGAAGUGCUUGGUAUAAUAAGGGAAUCGUUUCUGCAUGGUGGUGAAAUUUUUUUGGAUUUUGGGUUUGAUUAUUUGAAGGCGGUAAAUUUGGGCUACAUAUCUCCGAAAUUAAAUGAACUUGUUCAACUUUUUCAUUCAUUUGGAGGAUCUAGGGAAGAACUGUGCCUUAUACUUGUUGAUAGGAUUAUCACAGCUAAAGUGAUUGGCAGAUUCAUGAAAAAAGUUACCUCUUUAUGUCAUUUCACGGUUUCCUAUUUUACUGGAACUAAUACCUCAGUUGAUGGUCUGGCCCCGAAAAUACAAAAGGAGACAUUGGAAUUAUUCUGCUCUGGGGAGGUCAAUUUAUUAUUCACUACCGAUGUAGUUGAGGAGGGAAUUCAUUUUCCGAACUGCUCCUGUGUGGUACGUUAUGACCUGCCAAAGACAGUCCGUAGUUAUGUCCAGUCCAGGGGACAGGCUCGGCAAAAUAACUCUCAAUUCGUUACAAUGCUGGAGAGGGGAAACCAGAAACAAAGGGAUCAACUAUAUGAGAUUGUCAGGAGAGAAUAUUUGAUGACAGAUUCAGCUACAAAUAGAGAUCCUGAAACAUGCGUUUUGAAAGUAUGUACUACGGAGGAAAGAAAUGCAUAUACUGUGGAUGCCACCGGAGCAUCAGUCACAGCAGAUUCUAGUGUCAGUCUUGUACAAAAAUAUUGUGAAAUGCUACCUGGGGAUAAGAACUUCAUUCCGAGGCCAACUUUUCACUACUCAUAUCUUGGAGACUCUUAUGAGUGUAGAAUUGCAUUACCUCCACAUGCGGCUUUCCAAACAAUAGUUGGUCCUGUAUGCAAGAAGUCUUCUUUAUCAAAGCAGCUUGUAUGCUUGGAAGCAUGUAAGCUGUUACAUCAAAUGGGUGCCCUGAAUGAUCAUCUUCUUCCGGCCAUUGACAAGCCUCCAGAAAAUGAUCUCGAUGUGAAAAGCAAAGAUCCAGCUUCUGGCGCAGGAACAACUAAAAGGAAGGAAUUACAUGGUACAACUUGCAUUCAUACACUAUCUGGAACUUGGGGAGGAAAACUUGAUGGUGCCGUUUUUCAGGCUUAUAAAUUUGACUUCUCCUGUGAAAUUGUUAGCGAAUUUUAUUCUGGAUUUACUCUUCUGAUUGAAUCAAAGCUUGCUGAUGAUGUGGGGAAUAUUGAAUUGGAACUUUACCUGAUUUCGAAGACAGUUAAGUCUUCUGUUUCUUCCUGUGGGCAAGUUCAUUUGGACGGGGAACAGAUGGCAAAAGCAAUGUGCUUUCAAGAAUUUUUCUGUAAUGGAUUGUUUGGGAGAUUGUUUCAUGGAACCAAAUCAGCUGGAAAUCGGAGAGAAUUUUUACUUGAGAAAGAAACAAGAAAUCUGUGGAGCCCAUUAUACAUGUAUUUGCUUCUUCCACUUGAGUCAUUGAAUGAUUCAAGUAAUGGAACUUGGAGAAUAAAUUGGACAGGGAUAAAUUCUUGUGUUUCUGCAGUAGAAUUCUUGAAGAAAAACUCAUCUUUGGGAAGUCAUCAUUGUUAUGGUGACACACGUAAUUUCUUGCCGAGUAGAACUGUCUCAUCUGAGAUUAAAUGCAACAUUGCAGAGAUAAUCCACUUUGCUAAUUGUUCUGUUAAUGUAGCAAAUCUCAAAGACAUGGUGGUGGUGGCUAUCCACACUGGAAGAAUUUACUCCGUUGCUGAGGUUCUGAGUAACACAUCUGCUGAGAGUCCUUUUGAUGGAAAAAAAGACAAUGUCCCCUCAAAAUAUAGUACAUUUUCUGAGUACUUCAACAAUAAGUAUGGGAUUGUGCUCCAGUAUCCGGGGCAGCCUCUGUUGCGAUUGAAGCAAAGUCACAAUCCACACAACCUUCUUGUGAACUUUAGUGGUGAAGGUGGUGGUGGUAUUGAAAGGCAACGCAUGUAUGCUCAAAUGCCACCUGAGCUUCUAGUCAGUAUUGGUGUCCAAAGAUUCGUUUUAAAGUCCUUUUAUUUAAUGCCGUCAUUGAUUCACCGUUUGGAAUCCUUGAUGCUAGCGAGCCAACUUAGAGAAGAUAUCGAUUGUCAUUCUAGCAGCUUUCAGAUAUCAAGCUCAUUGAUUCUAGAAGCACUUACAACACUCAGAUGCAAUGAAGAUUUUUCUAUGGAGCGCUUGGAAUUGCUUGGGGAUUCAGUUUUAAAGUAUGCUGUGAGCUGUCACCUCUUUCUCAAAUAUCCCAAAAAACAUGAAGGAAAAUUAUCUAAUUUGCGCCAGUGGGCUAUUUGUAACUCAAACCUACAUAAAUUGGGAAUAAAUCGCAAAUUACAGGGAUAUAUACGUGAUGGUGCGUUUGAUCCACGUCGUUGGGUUGCUCCGGGACAGAUUUCUCUGCGACCCGCUCCUUGUAAUUGUGGAGUAGAUACUUUAGAAGUCCCAGUAGAUAGCAAAUUCCAAACUGAAGAUCCCAAAGUUGUGGUUGGAAAGUCCUGUGAUAAGGGUCAUAGAUGGAUGUGUUCAAAAACAAUCUCUGAUUGUGUUGAAGCCCUUAUAGGAGCAUACUAUGUUAGUGGUGGAUUGCCUGCUGCACUUCAUCUGAUGAAGUGGUUCCAUAUUGAUGCAGAACAUGAGCCCUCUCUGGUUGCUGAAGCAAUUACUACUGCAUCUCUUCGUUCUUACAACCCAAAAUCUAAUGAGAUUGCAAUUUUGGAGUCAAAGCUUCAUUAUGAAUUUUCUACCAAGGGUCUCUUACACGAGGCCAUAACACAUGCAUCUGAGCAGGAAUCAGGAGUUGGCUGCUGUUAUGAGAGACUAGAAUUUCUAGGGGAUUCUGUGUUGGACCUGCUUAUCACAAGGCAUCUCUAUGAUAGCCACACAAAUAUUGAUCCAGGCGAGUUAACUGACUUACGUUCAGCUUCUGUUAAUAAUGAAAAUUUUGCCCAAGUUGCUGUUAGACAAAACCUUCAGCAGCAUCUACAACAUUCCUCUGGGUUACUUCUAAGCCAAAUAACAGAAUAUGUGAAGUCUCUUUCUGAACCUGACAAUGGUACCACACUUCGAGGCACAAAAGGUCCUAAGGCUCUUGGAGACAUGGUGGAAAGUAUUGCAGGGGCAAUACUAAUUGAUACCGAACUUAAUCUUGAUGAAGUGUGGAGAAUAUUUAAACCAUUAUUAUCUCCAAUUGUGACCCCUGACAAGCUUGAGCUGCCUCCACUGCGUGAACUGAUUGAAUUAUGUGACUCACUCGGGUACUUUAUAAAAGAAACGUGUACAAAGAAAGGUGAAACAGUUCAUGCGAAGCUUACUGUACAGCUGAAAGAUGUUCUAUUGAUUGGAGAGGGGUGCGAUCGGACUAAAAAAGCUGCAAAAGGGGAAGCAGCUCGACGUUUACUGAAGGAACUUGAGAAAAGAGAUAUUUCAUACUCCUGGUGUUCCAAGAAGAGAAAAUUGGGCUCUGAAGGAGUAGGUGAUUCUUCUCUCCUAGACAUCAACUAUAACGUUUGCAGCCAAGUAAAUGUUGAAGAUUCUUCAGAGCGAGUAAUCUAUAAAAAGAAAAGGACAACUGAGAGAAUUGGAGUUUUUCGGUCAGUCAAUGAAUCGAAAACCUCUAGUCCCAACGAUACUGCACCAGUUAUUAAAUCAAUCAACAUGAAGAAAGGAGGACCUCGAACAUCUUUUUAUGAGCUGUGCAAGAAACAACAGUGGAAAAGGCCCGACUUUGAAUCAUCAGAAACUAAAUCAAGGACUCCAAUUGACUUUGGUGAAGGCUCAAGUGCGCAUUUUAGCAGUUUUGUCUCAAAGAUAACGUUGCACAUACCCAACUUCGGCGACAUUGAAUGCACAGGAGAUGCUAGACCUGAUAAAAAAAGUUCAGAAGAUUCUGCAGCACUUGCCAUGCUUUAUGAGCUUGAGCGGCAAGGCAAACUUAUCAUUGGUGGAUGAUCAUGUAUCUAUCUUGCCUGCUAGUUUUAUGAAUAAUUCGAGAAAUCGGAGGGUGGUACCUUUUAAAUCCACCAAUCUUAAUAUGAAGCAGUUAGGAUGUUGCUUGUCAGGAAAUCUCACAGCAAUGUGAAACUAUUUGAUGGCAGCACCAUAAAGAAAAAUGUAGAUUAUGUGCCGUCUCCA